AUGUCUCAAUGUGUGUGGGAAUUAGUGAGUAUAGAAAAGUCAUUUAUAAAAGAACGUGAUUAUUGUGAUAUUUAUUUAAAUCAAAAUUCAAAUAUUUCAGAAUAUCAUAAUUUCAAUGAUACAUAUGUAAGGACAGAAAGGGUAGAUUAUGAUUACUCCGAAGAAUUGCCAAAAAAAACAAUAAAAAAAAAUGAAAAAAAUAAAUUAAAGUUUGAAAAAAUUAUGAAUAAAUUUUUUAUUUCUGAUAUAUCUAAAUAUGUAAGGGCUUUCGUCAAAAAAAAUGAUAGCAAUAUACGCAACGAAAUAGGAAUAACAACAAACAUAAAAACAAAAUCAGAAGAUGAACAAUAUUGGAUAAAUAGCUAUAUAUACAAUUUUAUAAGUCAUUGUUUGACUGUCUACUAUGAUUGUAAGCAUUAUAUUGUCAUUACACGAUGUAAUAAUUUAAUACAAAAACUUACGGGAACAGGCGAAGGGUACUAUGGAAUUUAUUUUACAAACGGAAAAAAAAUUGGAGGAUUAGAAAAUUUAUUUAUAAACAUAAAACAGGUGAAACAUAUCAGCUAUAGUAUUAUGAAGACAUUACAAACAAGAGCAGAAUCAGAAAAGUCUAUUUCAAACAAUGAUGAGUCUUGUAGCUUCAUAAAUUUUCUUUAA